GAGAGUUGUUUGAUCCCUCUGAUUGUUUUUGUAGGGCUGGGAGAAGGUUCUGCUCUUCUUCACUCGGACAGCAGGUCCCACCCUCGGUCUUUGGAGAAGAGUGCGUGGAGGGCUUUCAAGGAGUCACAGUGUCAUCAUAUGCUGAAACACCUUCACAAUGGAGCUCGGAUCACUGUGCAGAUGCCUCCCAAUAUUGAGGGACACUGGGUCUCUACUGGCUGUGAAGUUAGAGCAGGCCCAGAGUUCAUCACAAGAUCUUACAGGUUCUACCACAAUAAUACCUUUAAGGCCUAUCAAUUUUAUUACGGUGGCAACCGCUGCACAAACCCUAUCUACACAUUAGUUAUACGUGGCAAAAUACGUCUCCGCCAAGCGUCCUGGAUCAUCCGAGGGGGUACUGAAGCUGAUUAUCAGCUGCGCAACAUACAGAUCAUAUGCCACAAUGAAGCAAUAGCCAAAAAACUGAGUGAGCUGGUGAACCAUACAUGUCCUGGAUUUAUACCGGAAGAUAGUCCCUGGGAGCAGGAUGUGAGCUACGAUUUGCUGAGAGAAGAGAAUGGCUGCGAAUGCACCAAAGCUUUGAAUUUUGCCAUGCACGAACUCCAGCUGAUCCGUGUGGAGAAGCAGUACCUGCACCACAAUUUGGACCAUCUUGUGGAGGAGCUGUUUCUCGGAGACAUUCACACUGAUGCUACUCAGAGGAGGUACUAUCGGCCCUCUAGUUACCAACCUCCUCUUCAAAAUGCAAAGAACCACGACCGCACGUGCAUCGCAUGCAGAAUCAUCUACCGGUCAGAUGAGCACCAUCCUCCCAUCUUACCCCCCAAGGCAGAUCUGACUAUAGGCCUGCAUGGAGAGUGGGUGAGCCAGCGCUGCGAGGUGCGACCAGAGGUCCUUUUCCUCACCCGGCACUUCAUCUUCCAUGACAACAACAACACCUGGGAAGGUCACUACUACCACUACUCUGACCCCAUCUGCAAGCACCCCACCUUCACCAUCUAUGCCAAGGGACGUUACAGCCGGGGAGUGCACUCAUCCAAAGUGAUGGGUGGCACAGAGUUUGUGUUCAAAG